UAUUUACAAGCAAAGCAUAAAACAUUAAAUUUAUAAAUAAUGGCUGAUGCGUGGGACAUUAAAUCGCUAAAAACAAAGCGCAAUACACUGCGCGAAAAGUUAGAAAAGCGUAAGAAGGAACGUUUCGAAAUACUUUCCGACAAACAGGAGGAUCAAACGAAUCCCAAAAAGGAGCUUGUUGAGGCCGAUGUGGAGGUGCAGAAGGCGGUGUUGCAAUCUUUAAGUGCCAGCACUUUGGUAUUGCCCAUUGUGUCCACACAAAUUGUGGAUAAAGUUGGCGGCACCAUGGAAAUGAUUAAUUUUAUACUUGGCAAGCUGGCAAAUCAAGGUGCAAUUGGCAUAAGGAACGUCACGAUUGGCACUGAAGCUGGCUAUGAGGUCAUCUCGGUGCAGACCAAGGAACUGCUCGAAAUCUACGACGAUGUCAACGACAGUUGCCAGCAAAAGGAGGACGCGGAUGUCAAGCGGAAGUUGGACGAUGGCCAGGAAGUGGAGGAUGUGCAGCGGAAACAGCUGAAAGUGGAUGCGAAUUCGGCUCGCAAGGAAUCGACAAGUCUGGACGCAUCCGAUGACAUAAUGAUGCUCCUUUCCCUUCCCUCAACACGUGAGAAGCAAAGCAAACAGGUUGGCGAGGAGAUUCUGGAGUUGCUGACCAAACCCACCGCCAAGGAGCGUUCCGUAGCGGAGAAAUUCAAAUCUCAUGGCGGUGCACAAGUGAUGGAAUUCUGUUCCCAUGGCACCAAGGUGGAAUGCCUCAAGGCGCAACAGGUGGCCAAUGAGAUGGCGGCCAAAAAGAAGCUGGAGCGGCGCGAGGAGAAGGAGCUGCGAAGUGCCAACACAACAACAGCAGCAGCUGACACUAACAAUACCAGCAAGAAGCUGGUCAAGAUUGGCUCUGAGGAUGCCGAAGAUGGUGAAAUUAUAGCGGAAACUCUGAACAAUUGUGAGGGUGAAUCUCAAGAGUCAACGGAUGACAGCGAAUCCUCUGGUGAUUCGGAUAAAUGCACCAAGUUGCAUUUUAAAAAGAUUAUACAAUCGCAUACGGAUGAAUCCCUGGGCGAUUGCAGUUUCCUCAACACCUGCUUCCACAUGGCCACCUGCAAGUAUGUGCACUACGAGGUGGACACCUUGCCCCACAUCAACACCAACAAACCGACGGAUGUCAAGACCAAAUUGAGUCUGAAACGCAGCAUCGACUCCAGUUGCACCUUGUAUCCACCACAGUGGAUUCAGUGUGAUUUGCGGUUUCUGGACAUGACGGUGCUAGGGAAAUUUGCGGUUGUCAUGGCCGAUCCACCAUGGGAUAUACACAUGGAGUUGCCCUAUGGCACCAUGUCGGAUGAUGAGAUGCGUGCCUUGGGUAUUCCUGCACUCCAGGAGGAGGGUCUGAUUUUUCUUUGGGUUACGGGACGUGCCAUGGAAUUGGGCAGGGAUUGUCUGAAACUCUGGGGUUACGAGCGUGUGGAUGAAUUAAUUUGGGUCAAGACGAAUCAAUUGCAACGCAUUAUACGCACUGGACGCACGGGACACUGGUUGAAUCACGGCAAGGAGCAUUGUCUGGUCGGCAUGAAGGGGAAUCCCACAAAUUUAAAUCGCGGCCUCGACUGCGAUGUCAUCGUCGCAGAGGUGAGAGCGACCAGUCAUAAACCCGAUGAAAUCUACGGCAUCAUUGAGCGUCUCAGUCCGGGCACCAGGAAAAUAGAACUCUUUGGUCGUCCACAUAAUAUCCAACCCAAUUGGAUAACGCUGGGCAAUCAACUCGAUGGCAUUCGACUCGUUGAUCCCGAGCUAAUCACACAGUUCCAGAAACGUUAUCCCGAUGGCAAUUGCAUGUCGCCAACGGCAGCGGCUUCCAAUGCCAUCAAAAACUGACACACGGAGCAAGUAGCUCCAAUUUAUGACAAUUAACACGAUUAAUCUUAAGUUCAACAAACUGCUAAACUUAAGUUUAAAGCGAGCAACUUGUAAAUGCUAUAAAUUUUUAACUUAAUAUUGACAUGUAAUUAUUAUUUUACAACUUUUCUUA